AUGGGGUUGCUUGAUCAAGUCAAUAGCACCAUCAUCUUGGAAGAGCGUAUCUCAGAGAAGAAAUCACAGUCUCACUGGCAUGCAGACAGUCUUGUCACCCCCAGUCAAGGAUUUCAAGGUGGAUCCAGUGAAAUUAUGAUGGACAGCACCAAGAUCCUGGGGGUCCAAAUCAUACUGAUAAUGGCUUAUUCUCUCAUCAUUCUGCUGGGAUUCAUUGGCAACUCCUUGGUCAUCUAUAUGAUAGUGAGAUACAAAACCAUGAGGACUGUAACCAACUUUUUCAUAGCUAACUUAGCUCUGGCCGACUUAAUGGUGGAUACUUGCUUGCCCUUUACUCUGGCUUACACUCUGCUGGAUGAGUGGAAGUUUGGGGCUGUACUUUGUCACUUGGUGUCCUGUGCUCAAGCUUUAAGUGUUCAUGUAUCUAUUCUCACAUUAACUGUGAUUGCCCUUGAUAGGUACAGAUGUAUUGUUUUUCAUUUAGACAGUAGAAUAUCCAAGAAAAUCAGCUUCACCAUCAUAGCGAUUACAUGGCUGGUUGCUGCGCUCCUGGCUAGUCCCCUAGCUAUCUUUCGAGAAUACAGAUACGAAGAAAUUCCAUCCAUCAACCUCAGAAUAGCUGUCUGCUCAGAGAAAUGGCCUUCUGGCAACAGAGAUGCCACUAUAUACAGCUUAUCCAUGCUCAUCCUGCAAUAUGUCUUCCCUCUUUCUAUCAUCUGUUAUGCCUACAUCAGGAUAUGGUUCAAACUGAAAAGCCACAUUAGUCCUUCUGCUACAAAUGAGACUCACUGCCGCAGGAAAAAGACCACAAAGAUGCUUUUCAUGGUCGUUGUGGUGUUCGCCGUCUCUUGGCUACCCUUCCAUGCUUUCCAGCUUGCCGCAGACUUAGAUAUGGCACUUGCCCUCCGUGAUUAUAAACUCCUUUAUACGGUAUUUCAUGUCAUAGCUAUGUGUUCCACUUUUGCAAACCCUUUGCUCUAUGGCUGGAUGAAUAAGAACUACCGCAAUGGAUUCCUUAUGUUCUUCCGUUGUCAGAAAAAGCCGGAGAGGUUCUAUGCAGAGGGAUCAGUUCGGGGGAGGUCCUUCACUUUCAAGGCUACUACCUUGAAUGGGAGCAUCAAGCACUCCAUAGGUGACGGACAGCUACCAACACCGGUUUAG